AUGAAGCUUCAUCUGCAGUGUGGGGCUGGUUCCUCCAGCAGCAGCCCCACCUACUGCAACCAAAUGAUGAAGCGCCGGGAUAUGACAAAGGGGUCAUGCAAGCCCGUGAACACGUUCGUGCAUGAACCCUUGGCAGAUGUCCAGGCUAUCUGCUCCCAGGAAAACGUCACCUGUAAGAACGGGAAUAGCAACUGCUACAAGAGCAGCUCUGCCCUGCACAUCACUGACUGCCGCCUGAAAGGCAACUCCAAAUAUCCCAACUGUGACUACAAGACCAGUCACUACCAGAAGCACAUCAUUGUGGCCUGUGAUGGGAACCCCUAUGUACCAGUCCACUUUGAUGCUUCUGUGUAGGGCUCUACCUAGGCCAAACCAGUGAAAUGUCCGUGUCUCCCAACCUCAUCAAUGUCAACACCUGCCUCCCCUCUCUAUCAUUCUUUCCUUGAAAGAGGUAACUCAUCUUAGGACUUACAUAUGACAAAACAUGCAUUCCUGUCCUGUGUUGAGCUCCCAGAUUCUUCUAGACAAAUGAAGCAAGAUGGCCCCCACCAGAAGGUGUCCCUUCAACAUUAGACUUUCUUGACUUCAGAAAAGAAAUAAAAUUCUGUCCUAUAUAACUUGUCCUUUAGGGCAGUUCACAGUGAAGUAAGGACAAUGGGCAGGUAACCUCAUUCAUUGGU